AUGGCUGCUGAAAAUGGAAAUGAAUGUGUUUUGGGUACAGAAGAGGACCAAACUGCGAGUGACGUAGCUGUACGUUCUGAGUCGGAUAGUUUUAAUAUCGAAGUACAGCCAUGCACAUUAGAAGGCCAAGCUGGAGAGCCAGUUAUUUCUGAACAAGAGCGAUAUAAGAAGAAAUACUUCACACUAAAAAGGAAAUGUGACCUCAUUAAAAAUGGAAAUGAUAAGUUGGUAAACAGACUGUACUAUGUGAAGAAAGCAAUCCGGAAACUGAAACGAGAAAGACAAUGUCUGAUGAGUAAAUUGGAUGAACAUGGAGAUGACUAUAAAAAUGUACCGCUUACUGUUUCACUAGAGGAUAGUCUACAGAUGAAUGCCGCUGGCAUUCCACCAAAUUUUCCUCCCACAAUGCACCAUCCUGGCAUGCUGGGAAUGACCCAUGACAUGAAUUUCAAUGCAGACAGCCUUGCAACUGGUCUGCCACCUCAUAUGCAAAUGUUCCCACAACAAGCUGCCAAUCCAGUUAGUGCAUCUGGUAGCAGUAAAAAGAAGAGACAUGGGAAAACAGAAAAGGAAAAAGAUCCGAACGCACCAAAGAGGCCUGCCAAUGCCUUCUUCAUGUUCUGUCAGCAGGAACGUCCCAGACUACAGGAAGAGUACUACAAGGAACGGAAAGAGGAGAUAAGUCAUCUUGAAAUGACUAAAGUAUUGUCCAAAAAAUGGAGUGACCUCAGUGGUGAUGACAAAGAGAGAUACUAUAAUCUGUAUCAAAAAGAUAAGGAGAGGUAUGAAGAAGAGAUGAAACACUAUAUCAAACCAACUAAACAUCAACCCAAACAUAAUGGACAUGCUAUAUCGGCACCACCACCUGCUUUUGUUGUAAAGUCUGAAGUUGCUUCUCAAGAUGACCCUUAUUCAAUGCCCCAGGGUAAUGUAAUGCCUCAUGGUAAUGUUACAAUGUCCCAAGGUAAUGCUACUAUGUCCCAGGAUAAUGUUCCAAUGUCCCAGGGGAAUGUUCCAAUGUCCCAGGGUAAUGUUCCAAUCUACCAGGGCAUUCAAAAUCCUCCAUUGUUUUCUGAUGCCAAUGUAUCUCCUUUUCCCAACAUGCUAUAAUUAGGUAAUUAAUUAAAUUUGCACCAUUAUAAACGAAGAUCAUCUGUUUUUUGUGGUGACAAACAACAACUGGUCACACUAGUAUGUGAUUUGAAUACCAUUAUACACUGUUGAGAGGUUGUGACAACAGAAGAAUGAUCUGUUCAUGUUGAAAAAUUUAGUAACUUGUCAUCGCAUCUCGUUUUGUGAACAAUAGCACUAUUCAACCAUUGUUACUGCUGUAGAUUUUUCACAGUGUAGAUGAUGUAAAGUUAGAAUGUUUGUGACGAU